AUGCCAAUUUCACCACCCAGAGACAAGGACCGCUUCUGCUAUGUCAAGCCAAGCUGUACGGAGGGAAUAGACGACGCACCAAAGAUUCUGAGGGCCUUCGAGGACUGCAAUGACGGCGGUACGGUGGUUUUUGACAAGACCUACCUGAUCAGUUCCCCCUUGGACCUCACCUUCCUGAAGCACAUUGACGUGGUCAUCACCGGUGAGAUUCACUUCAAAGACGAUCCCUACUACUGGGCCGAAAAUAGUUUCAAGUUUGCUUUCCAGAACCAGUCAGUCUUUUGGAAGCUUGGUGGCGAGGAUGUCAAUAUCUAUGGUGACCUUGGGAACGAUAAGUCCGUCAUUGAUGGCCGCGGUCAGGCGUAUUGGGAGGCGAUCAGGACCAACAGCAGCCUGUUGAGACCAAUGUUGUUUUCUUUCGACGGAGUAAAGGGAGCGACAAUGUCCCACCUUCGCAUGCGCAAUCCUCCCAACUGGUUCAACUUGAUUGCGAACAGCACCGAUGUCAUCAUUAGCGAUAUGGAUCUCAAAGCCGAGAGUCAGAAUGGUGUCAAGAUUGCCAAUUCCGAUGGAUGGGAUACUUACCGAUCCGAUCGCAUUGUGAUACAGAACUCAGUCAUCAUCAACACAGACGACUGCGUCUCUUUCAAGCCCAACAGCACCAAUAUCGUCGUUCAGAAUUUGGACUGCACUGGCUCUCACGGCAUGAGCGUUGGCUCCCUGGGCCAGUACAAAGGCGAGACCGACAUCGUGGAAAACCUCUACAUUUUUAACACAACCAUGGCUAAAGCUAGCGAUGCAGCCCGCAUCAAAGUCUGGCCUGGAAUCGAGACUGCUUUCCAGACGCUCCUGAACGGUGGAGGUGGUCUCGGACGUGUCAGGAACGUGACGUAUGACCUUUUCAAGAAUAUCAACAAUGAUCGAGCCAUCACAAUCACGCAAUGCUACGGUCAGAAGAACCAGACGCUCUGCGAAGAGUUCCCGGCCAAUCUUACAAUCUCCGACAUCACUCUCAAGAACAUUUACGGUACGACAUCAGCUAAGCUUGAUCCGCAAGCCGGCAGUCUUGUUUGCAGUUCCCCAGACCGGUGCAGCAACAUCCGCGCUGAGAACGUGACCGUCACAGUGCCGAGUGGUAAACCACCUGUAUACGAAUGCAAGAACCUGGACAACAAAUUGCUCCAGAUCAACUGCACUUCAGGCGCAGAUGGAGACCGGGAUACGACAAACGGUUAG